AUGUUCUCACGUUUUUUUAUAUGUUUUUUCCUGUGUUCUAUUUUUUACGUAACCGAGAUGUUCAAAGUUCGUGCCCGCAAUGCAAAAAAGCUGUUGCUAUUUGACUUGCUGCCCUUCGCACCAUCAUUGAGUAAAAUCCAUUCGCUAACUAGACCUACCCACAUUAUCCUCGCUCUAUUUUGUACCAUCCAACCCUGCCCGGUAUCCUUGCACACCGCAAGGAACCGCAGUAAAAUCAAUUUAACGUGUUUCAGUAGCUCCUACUCACUACCUGCUACAAUUUCCUACGUUCUUUUGUGCAAGAUAAGUAUGUGCUGUCACAGUAUUCUCAAAUUGCAAUCAAAACAGAUUACAUCGGCCAAAGUAGACGAAUUCGCUAUUCAAAUGAAGUGGUAAAUAAAUCCAUUUGCGUGUUUAUUUGCUAAUAUUAAAAGAGAGGAUGUGUCUGUAGAAAAAAAUAUCUAGCAACAUCAAUUAAAACAAAUUUAGCCAA